ACUGAGAGAGACAGAGGAAGAGAGAGGGAGAGAGAGAGGGAGGGGAAGGAAAAGAGUGAGAGAGGCAGAAAGAAGAAGAAAAGACACAAAACUUGUGACUUGACGAAAGAGGGCAGGUACCAGAGGCAGGACCAUGAAGGCCGGCGUGGGACUCUUCUCUGCAUUGGCUCUGUUCCUCCUAAUGGGGGCAGUGUUCACCCAGAGAAAUCGGCCAAAGAAGCCCACCAGGCGCCCAGCCACCACCAGGAAGCCUUCUGUCCCCCGGGUUCCUGCACCACCAGCACAGCCAGAGCCUGUGGAGCCUACGGACUUCCCCCCACCCAUCCUUGGCCCACCUUCCAUCUUCCCUGACUGCCCCAGAGAGUGUUUCUGCUCCCCGAGCUAUCCAGAAUCUCUCAACUGCGAGAACCGGAACAUCCGUGUGAUCCCUGUCAUCCCAUUAAGAACCCACUACUUGUACCUGCAGAACAACUACAUCUCAGAGGUGACACCAGAGGCGUUCGUCAACGCCACUGAUGUCCGCUGGGUUAACUUGGCUAAUAACCGCAUUCAUCGAAUAAACAAACAGGUGUUUGAGAAGAUCCCAUCACUGCUGUACCUCUAUGCACAGGGUAACCAGCUGAAAGAGGUCCCUUCAGGUCUCCCAGCAAGCCUAGAACAGCUCAGACUCGCUAGGAAUCGUAUUUCUAAGAUUCCCCCUGGUGCCUUCAGCAAGAUGGGGAAUCUGACUCUGCUUGACUUGUACCACAAUCAGUUGAGUGACAGUGACCUGGGAAAGAACACAUUUAAAGACCUGAGAAGCCUCAUGCAGCUCAAUCUGGCUCGCAAUAUCCUGAAAAAGAUGCCUGCUGGUGUACCCCAUAACAUCAUACAGCUUUUCCUGGACAGGAACAAUAUAGACGACAUCCCAAAAGACUACUUCAGAGACUUCGUUCAUCUGGCGUUUGUGAGGCUGAACCGCAACCAGCUGAGUGAUAAAGGAGUUCCUAAGGCUGUGUUCAACAUAUCCACCCUGCUGGACCUGCAACUGUCCCACAACCAGCUCGCUUCUAUUCCUCUGUUCAACGGUCACCUGGAGCAGCUGCACCUCAACCACAACAGCAUCGAGAGCAUCAACGGCACCGUACUCUGCCCAGUCGGCCUGCAUGAAUCACUGAGCGAUGACAGCCUGGCACCCAAACUAAGGUACCUGCGCUUGGAUGGAAAUCACCUGAACCCACCCAUCCCUCUGGAUGUCAUCAUGUGCUUCCGACACCUCCGCUCUAUUGUCUUUUAGGAGAAUUGUGUUUAGAGGCCCUGGGGCAUGCACACACACACACACACACACACACACACACACACACACAUAAUAUGCAAACACACACAUGCACACACACACACAUAGACAAAUACACACAGCACAUACUUUACUAAAGGUAAAACAAGCUCAGAGGAGUAAAGGUAUAUCGACCGUGGAGCUCCAAAUAAAUGGAAAUAAAAACUGUAAAGCUUUAAAUUUAAAAAAAAAAAGAAAAGCUUUUGAAGUUUAAGUUUGAUUGUUGCCAGAUUUAAGAGUCUGAACGUUGAACUAUGACUCUACAAAGAGUGGAUAUACCGACAUUUAGAGAUAGGUUUUUGUAGGAGUUACAGUCAUUUUUUGUUUAUUAAAUCACGAUGCAGAAAAAUGAGUAAAGCCUGAAAAUACAGGUACAUUGACAGACAUGCUACAGACAUGGAGGGUAGUUAUGUUCACUAGCAGAUGAGUAGAGCUGCCACCAAGGACAAGAAACAGACCUGCAGUGGAUGUCAGAAGAGCAGAUUUAAAACAUAACUACCAUGUAGUUGAAACUGUCCCAAAUGUGCCUGUGCUUUUCAAGGUACUCCAUGUAAAAAUGUCAUUUUAUUCUUUUUAUUCUCAGUCUUCUGUAUAUUAUUCUUCUGUAUAAAGAAGCUUUGUACAAAUAAUAGAAAAUAAAACAUUUUCUUCGAUCAUCGGA